AUGGGCAACUUCCUCCAAUUGAAUAUUGCUCGACCAUGGCUAACAUAUACACACUGGAGGAAAAAAUAUGGCGAUCUAAUCUAUUUCCGCCUCCUUGGACUUGACUUUAUCGUGGUCAAUUCGGAAAAGGUUGCAAGAGCACUCAUGGACCAACGUUCCGCCAUAUAUUCUGAUCGCCCCUUUAUCGCAACAAACGAGCUUUUUGGCGUCAAUUUCAGUACCGUCAUGCUGCCUUAUCACGGCACUGACUGGAAACUUCACCGCAAGAUGUUUCAUCAUGCACUUCGCUUAGAGAGUGCAUCACGCUAUCAUCACAUCCAUACGAAAAGAGUUCGAGCAUUGCUGAAGGAUCUGCUUGAUGAUCCAUCACAUUUCGAAAUCCAUAUCCAGAGAUUUGUGGCCUCGAACGUUAUGGCGUUUACCUACGGGUACGAUGUAGCUCCGCGCAACGAUCCAAUAGUUGCCAAUGUCAAAGAACUCGUCGAUAUACUCGCAAAGGCGCUCUCCCCUGAGCGUAGCGCCAUCGUGUCCGCUUUUCCGAUACUCACUCGCCUGCCUGCGUGGCUCCCUGGUCUAGGAUCUCAACGUGACGCUGCUCGUGCGAGAGAAUUAGCAGGACAAGUGCUUAAUGUGCCGUUCAAUCUGGUCAAGAAAAAUAUUGAUACGGGGGUGGCCACUCAUUCCAUGGUAUCUGAUUGCUUAGCCCAGAUUGACGAGAAGGAAGACCAACAUAAACAAGAAGCCGCUAUAAAGGCGGCGGCGGCUACUGCAUUUAUAGCUGGCUUUGAGUCGAGCUCAUCUAUGCUGCAUACAUUCAUUCUCGCCAUGAUUCUCUAUCCAGAGGUGCAGGCGAAGGGUCAAGCAGAGAUCGAUUCUGUCAUAGGGGUAACUAGCAGAUUGCCAGAAUUCGACGACCGACCACUGCUACCGUACGUCGAUGCGAUCCUUCGAGAGCUGCUGAGAUGGAUGCCUGUGGUUCCUCUGGGCAUACCCCAUGCUACUUCAAAGGACGAUGUUUAUGAUGAUUGUUUCAUUCCCAAGGGCGAGAACAAAUUUAUCAAGUACUCAGAAUUGACUAAAACAAAUCUUACAGGCGCAUUGGUGAUAAACAACGUUUGGGCAAUGAGCAGAGAUGAGUCAAAACACGGCGCCGAUGUUGAAGAGUUUAGGCCCGAGCGGCAUCUCACAGCUGAAAACAACUCGGGCCCCCAGCCCAUCUCCGCUGACCCAAUUUUCGGGCUCGGUCGUCGUAUAUGCCCGGGGAGAUUCACAGCGGAGGCGGUGAUCUGGAUCGCCAUUGUGAAUAUUCUCGCGACGUUUCGCAUUGUGAAGUCAAAGGACAUCUUGGGUGAAGAAAUCGAUGUGAAGAAAGAAUUUACUGCCGGUAUAGCCAUCCAACCUGUACACUUUUCUUGCUCUUUUGUCAGCCGUUCAGAAGAAAGAGCAUCUACUCUGUGA